CCUGACACGGCAGCUCCACCUGCGCAGCCAGCGCGGACACCGGGAGCUGUCCACUGACGCUGGUGCUGAUCUCCUCUCUCUCUCUCUCUCUCUCUCUCUCUCUCUCUCAACACCUUCCCACAGCGAGAGAGAGAGACGGGAGAUGCUGGCACCGCCAGUCCACCGUGUGCUCUCGCCUCACCCAGUCAUGGGGAAGCCACUCUCCCACUUUACCCCCUGAUCCACAUCAUUCCUGGGGAAAAAAAGGUUUUCUUUUCGCGGAGGAAAGGGGGUAGGGUGGGAUCCUUCUAUUGUCCUAUUUUACUUUGCCCAAAUUUGUGGGCUGGAUUUUACCAGCAGGGAACAAGGGGGACUUGUUUUCGCGGCCAAUUUGGAACCGAAUUUAAGACAUUUUAUGGAUCCUUAAGGCCCAAGGGUGGAUCUACACAUCAUCCAUGGAUCUUUUUGGCAUGAUUGGGUCCAAUGAAACCUACGAAGGAAACUGGACUGGAUCGAUCAAUGGCACAGAGGCCGAGCAAAAAUAUCAGUACAACUAUUAUGCCAUGCUCCUGACUCUUCUCAUCUUUGUGAUUGUAUUUGGAAAUGUGCUGGUGUGCAUAGCUGUAUCCAGGGAAAAAGCCCUACAGACCACCACCAAUUAUCUGAUUGUCAGUUUAGCGGUGGCAGACCUUCUUGUGGCCACUUUGGUCAUGCCAUGGGGUGUCUAUGUGGAGGUGGUGGGGGAAUGGAGAUUCAGCAGGAUCCAUUGUGAUAUUUUCGUAACUCUGGAUGUCAUGAUGUGCACAGCGAGUAUCCUUAACCUUUGUGCAAUUAGCAUCGACAGGUACACUGCUGUUGCCAUGCCGAUGCUUUAUAAUACCCGGUAUAGCUCCAAGCGAAGAGUCACCGUUAUGAUCUCCAUUGUCUGGGCUUUGUCCUUUGCCAUAUCCUGCCCGUUGUUGUUUGGACUGAAUGACUCAGACACGAGAGAUGACACCAUCUGUACCAUUAUCAAUCCAGACUUUGUUGUCUACUCGUCCAUUUUCUCGUUUUACAUCCCUUUCAUUGUCACGCUGCUGGUGUAUGUCCAGAUUUAUGUAGUACUGCGGAAAAGGAGGAAGCGGGUGAACACGAAGAGAAGCAGUAGGUUUGAUUCUGAAAUCCAGGCGCCAUUAAAGGAUAAAUGUACCCAUCCGGAGGACGUGAAGCUGUGCACGGUAAUUGUGAAAUCAAAUGGAAGUUUCCCAGUCAAUAAAAAGAAAGUGGAAGCGGUCAGCCACCAGGAUGAUAUGGAGAUGGACAUGAUGUCCUCAGCCAGCCCGCCAUUGGAGAAGACCAAGCACAAAUUAGCGAUGGUCAACCGGCAACUGACGGUACCUACUCCAUCUAAUCAAGGAGCCAGCUCGAGCAUGCCAUCGCCCAAAGGCAGCCCGGUAAAAGGUGAGAAGAAUGGGCACCCCAAAGACAUAACCAAAGCGCCCAAAGCUUUCGAAAUCCAGUCGUUGCCAAAUGGCAAAACAAGAACUUCACUGAAGAGCUUGAGCAAAAGGAAGCUGUCCCAGCAAAAGGAGAAAAAGGCAACUCAGAUGUUGGCCAUUGUCCUUGGUGUAUUUGUUAUAUGUUGGUUGCCAUUCUUCAUCACCCAUAUCCUCAACAUGCAUUGCACAAAAUGCUUAAUCUCUCCAGCAAUGUACAGUGCUGUCACCUGGUUGGGAUAUGUCAAUAGUGCUGUGAACCCAAUCAUUUACACUACCUUCAAUGUGGAGUUCAGAAAAGCUUUCAUCAAAAUCCUCCACUGCUGAAGAAUUGGUCCAAAGGAUGUAGUUGUGCCACAUUUCUUCAAAGCUGCACCAUAGAAGUGUACAGAGAUGGCUUUUUUCAUCAGUGUCACACUUUGUAUUGCUCUUCUCUACAAAAGAGCCAUAUCCAAACUAUGUGCCAUUGUGGAUUGGAAAAAGAAGAGGGAAAAUAAAAUUGAAUCAGUGAAGGCAUUAAGAGAAUUUAUCCCUCUUUACAAAUGAUGUCACCUGUCCAUUCAAAACUAAGAGUCAAUAGUAUGGUGUAACAAAAGUCCAUCCACAUGGCUAGAAAUUUCCAUGUAAUUACUAUUCCAUGACCGCCAAACACUGCUUUAAGGUCAGUGAAUGAGGCUACCUGGUAGCACAGUGGACAGGUGAGCUUUGGACAGGCAACUAGAAAACAAAAAUGAUUGCCAACAUCAGACUCUGAAGACAUCUUUAUCUCGUUCACUUAAGAACAUUAACUUGAAGAAUUAUGAACCUCCCAUCUCAGUGAGACCAAUGAGUGAGAUCCGAUAACAGGUUGUAAAGAGUUAUAUUUGAAUGUAAUCACUGAAUUUAAUAUUGGAUGAAAAAAGUGAACUUUAUUAUUUGAAUUAUUGUGGACUAGUUGUGUGGGGCAGUUUUUUUUCAAAUCAAGGACUCAAAACCCAGAAUUAGCAUUCACUUAGGCCAACUGCAACUAAGUCUGGUCAGUGUCUAUUUAUAUCUCAUUAGAGAUAAUGUAUUGAAACUGGGAAUAGCAUAAGGCUUUUUGGGAUGUGAACCAAACCAAACUGCAGUUGAAUCAUGUCAAAUUAAAGGUGUAAGUUUCAACAUGUUCAUUUCACAUAUGCAGAAGAGAUAGAGAACUUUGGAGUGUCAUAAGUUAUGACAGUUUGGUAUCAGAAGUUGGUUGACUGCAACACAUCAACAUCCUGAGUGUUACAUUGACCAGAAACAAAACUGGAUUAGCCAUACAAAUAAUCUGGCCACAACAGCAAGCCAGAGGCUAGGAAUCCUGCAGCAAGCAAUUCACCUCUGGAUCCUUCAAAGCCUGUCCACCAUCUACAAGGCACAAGUCAGGAGUGUUGUGGAAUACUCCCCACUGGUCUGGAUGAGUGCAGCUCCAAAGUCACUCAAGAAGCUUGACACCAACAAGGACAAAGCAGCUGACUUGAUUGGCAUCCUAGCCACUGUUUUCGAUGUUUGCCCCUUCACCACCGAUGCAUAGUGCCAGCUAUGUACCAUUUAUAAGAUGCAUUGCAGUAUCUUAUCAAAGUUCCUCUGAUGUCGCAUUCCAAACCCAAGACCUCUACCACCUAGAUGGACAAGGGCAUUAGACAUAUGGGAACAUCACACCCUGCAAGUUGCCCUCCAAGCCACUCAGCAUAAUGACCCAGAAUUAUACCACUCUUCCUUCACUGUCACAAGGUCAAAAUCUUUGAUUUCCAUUCCUGAGGAUAUGGUGGAUGGACUUAUUCAACAUAGGCUGCAGUGACUGAAAAAGGCAGCUCACUCCACCUUCACUUGGGCAGUUAGGGAUGUGUGAUAAUUGCUGGUCCUGCCAGCGAUGCUUACAUCCCAUGAAUGAAUUACAAAAAAAAAGUCUCAGUAUUCUUCCUGUGGAAUGGAAAAAUAGCUUCAAGGAUUCCCUUUGCUGACUCAAGGAUUUUCUUUUUGGCUGGAACAUGGAAUGCUGUUAGUGCUGGGUGAUGCUAAAGAGUCCUCCAGAGCUGGGAAGUUUGUAGACACUCAUAUCCAGCUUUCCAUAUCAAGAAUAUUUGAUUGAGCAUAGAUAAGCAUUGGUUCAAGAAGCCACCUAAAUGCACCUACGCCUCAAAGGAAUAAAUAAUAAAUGCUCAUUUUAUCAGUGAUGACCAUCUCCUGAGAAUUAAUCCUUUUACAAAAAAAAUUGAGAGUCUUGUACUGAAGGAUAUCAGGGCCUGUAAACCCACAUCUGGAAAAAUUCCAAGAAGAAUUUUCAAAAAGAAAUUUGAAUACCAAGCAACCCGUUCAUUUAAGUUGGAGGAAGCUUUGACAAAUUAAGAUAAUCUUAUGCAAUGAAUUUACUCCCUGAAAUUAUAUUCCAAUUAAUCUAUAUAAUUUCAUUGUUUUGGGGAGGUAUUUUGUUAUAAUACAGAUAUUUUUAUGGCAAUGUGUGGCAAUUUUUCACCGCUCAAGCACAGUCGGAAAGGACAGUGGUUCAGUGAAAAAAGAUGUAAAUGAAACAUACUAAUCAGGCCACUUACAUUCUCCUCCAAAUUAUUUAUAUAUAUAGCAAAAAACAGGGGUCCCAGCACUGAUCCCUGUGGAACACCACUGGUCAGAAAAGCACCUUUCCAUUGCUACUCUCUGUCAUCUAUUACAAAGCCAGUUCUGUACCUGUCUUAAUGGGUCACCAUGAAUACCAUGCGACCUCACCUUUUGUAGCAGGCUGCCAUGAGGAACAUUGUCAAUGGCAUUGCUGAAGUGUGUAUAGAGAACAUCUACUGCCCUGACCUCAUCAAAUAUCUUUGCCACUUCCUCAAAAAACUUAAUCAAGUUGUGAGACCUUCCUUGCACAAAUCUAUGCUGCCUAUCACUAACAAGUCCAUAUUUUUCCAAAUGUGAGUAAACCCUAUCUCUAAGAAUUAUCUCCAAUAAUUUCCUUACCACUGUUGUAGGGAUCACUGGUCUGUCAUUUCCCAGAUUAUACCGCGCAGCAGCACACAAAUCAUAUCAAACUGUAGCUAUUCUGUCGACAAAGACAAAAAUGCUUAAACAUAAAAGACCAGGAUCCCAAAGUAACGUGUUGUGUAUUCCAAACUCUGAGAUCUUAGUCAACAGUUACGUUUUUUAGUGGAAAUUAUCCAAAUUUGCCACCUCAACAGGUGGAAACAAACUAAUUGAGCCACAUAAAGGUAGGAAACAGAGAAAAAAAGUCAGAUUUCAAAAAUUUAACAUUUUUAAAAAUGUUAAGCUCCUUGUCUGGGUCAAACAAUUCCUCAUAAAGUCUUCUUGGUCUAAAAAGUGUUUCUGCACCCAACUCUUGGAUGGAAAAGGCUUGGGUCUUGAAGCCACAUGAAGUAAAUAAAAUUUUGAUGAUUCCACAGAGCUCCUGGGAUUGAUCUAAGUAUGUCAAGUACAUCCCAAGAUUGGCCAGAGCAUUCAAUUAUUACAAUGAAGCCAAAUUACCAUGGUGCAAAAUGAAAAAAAAAACACUUUUGACUGGCCAAAUGACAUUGUUACUAAAAAAAUUCAAAAUUCUGUAUGAAAUAGAUAGUAUUUUCCACAGAAUCCUAAAUGCUUGGUAAGCCUGACUACAUGAUUUCCAACAGUUUACCUUUGCAGUAAAAAUGGCAAAAAGCAUUGUUCACAAUGUUAAGUUCUGUUGCAAAGUCAUGAAAGCGCAUAAAAAUGUUUCUGUACUUGA